AUGGGCAAUCAGUCAGCUCGUCAGCUAUCCACUCACAGAAAGCAUGUCGUGCACACCGAAGCUUGGCUGAAAUCCGCUGAGCUGACACCUACAUGGGUGUGGGCCUUGGUUGAUUUACCAGAGACGAUGCAUUCAAGAUAUAAGGAAAACGCACAGUUCUUGAACAUCAUAAAUCAGGUCCGUGACUUUUUGAACAUACUGAUCAAAGUUCACAAAUGCGAUCCUGAAAUGAUCAAGACUCUCUCCUUCCGUCUCGGAGCACGCCAUCGGCACUAUAUGAACGAAGGAAAUGACAACUGUUAUUGGGCGCCGUUUGCUCAACAACUUCCGAUCGCCAUGAGCAAAAUGUACAUGAGAGUUGUGAAUGAGGAUAGCAAAAUUCGGAGGAUACUACGGAUACGUUCUCGAGCUGCCGAGAAAAGUGAGGAAGAGGAAGUUUGUGAAUCUUGGAGACAGUUUUCGUGUAUGCUAAUUGAAUCCAUGAAACGGGGAUAUGAAGGAUGUGCCAGUGAAAAAACGCCUCUUCGGUUAAGCAUCACUAACUCAAUCAUUUCCAUGGCUUCUAUGCGUUCAACCCGUUCUCGGUCCGCUUCUCAUUUCCUCGAACCGAAUAUGUCACCAGCAAUCGUUUACCUAUUUAGUUCGCCUAUUCACCAACUAAUACAACUAUCUACUAAUCGUUUGGUGUGCUGUGUGAAUUCCGUUGUUUUCUUAACAUUUCGUUAUACUCACUUCCUAUUCUACCCCCUUCAGCUCCCAUGUGUGCUCUUCUGGGUUCAACAGAGAGUAACUCAACAACUACAACAACUCAGCCAUCAUCUCCCAUCACUCCGUACCGACGGAGAAGUAUGUUCAAAGCAGGAGGCAAUCUUCAAAGGAACAGCCAAGAUUUCACUGCUCUCCGAAAUAGACGAAUGUCUUCUCCGAAUAACCCAUCAAUUCUGCUCAACAAUUGCGACAUUCAACUUCUCAAGUUGA